CAGCGGUAGAAGUACAGCUACGUCCUCGACGAAUCGCGGAUUUGCGUUGGAAACUCACCGACAACUGUUGCUCGAAGCGGAGGCCGAACGGCAGCAGGCCAUGGUGGAAAGUAUGUACGCUCGGGAGCGUCUUCUAACGGAACACCUCACAGCGCAAUAUGCGCGAGCUGGCAACUCCUCCAGCUCGGGUAGUCAAAAGUAC